ACAUACAGAGAGCGAGAGAGAGACAGACAAGACGGAUACAGACAGACAGAGAGAGACACACACCAAGAGAGACAGAGACAUAGAGAGACAGACAGGUACAGAGAGAGACAGAGACAUAGACACACACACAGGCAUCACCCAUCAUCAUCUUCUCUCUGUCGAUUUAACGUCAUAUAGCUGAGAGGCUAUAAAAAGUGCGCUCAAUGGCUCCUGUCCACUUUAGUAUUCAAACAAUACAAGGAUCCAAAAAUACUUGGAGGCGCAGCAGAGCCGUGAACUGAUUAAUGCUAUUGGUCAGCUAUACCGAGGGGGCGUGGUAGUCGGGUGACGUCACAUCAGCGGUACGGAAGAUGGCUCCGCGGUGCGUUAACGCGACUCCUGGAUGCGUCAGCGCUCCACAGCCACAAUACGCGCUCGUGUAAAAAAAAAAAAAAGAAAGAGGGAUAAAAAUAAUAAUAAUAAUAAUAAUUAUUAUUAUUAUUAAAAAACCCCAGGAGGAGCGGAAAAGGCGAAGGCUGUAAAUCUGUGCUGUGUGAAAUCAGUGUGUUCUGGGUGUCGAGCAGUGCGGGGCGAUGGGUUCAGCCACGGAGGAAGAAUUUAAAGAGAAAUUGCUCUGGAACGUGAAACGCGAGGUGAAGCAGACUAUGGAGGAGGCAGUCACCAAGAAAUUUGUCCAUGAAGACAGCAGCCAUGUCAUCGCUUUGUGUAGUGCAAUUGAGGCUUGCCUGGGCCACAUGCUGAAGCGCAGAGCUGCAGGCUUCCUCCGCAGUGAUAAGAUUGCUGCCCUCUUCACCAAGAUCGGAAAGGUGUACACCGCCGCUGAAGAGGUGUGCCGCAAGGUCCAGGAGCAGCUGCAGCAGCAGGCUGACAUCACCAGAAGGACCCAGAGCACAAGUGGACAGGAGCCUCUCCGCAGACAGGGUUCCUCUGCAGGCCGACUUCCUCAGCCUCUCUCAGCUCAGGCCAUCAAGCACAUCUGGGUCCGCACUGCCCUUUUUGAUAAGGUCCUGGACAAAAUAGUACAGUAUAUCGUGGAUAACUCAAGUAAGUAUUAUGAAAAAGAAGCCCUGAUGCAUGACUCUGUAUUCGGCCCUAUCUUGGCAGCGCUUUUGGUCGGGCCUUGCGCUCUGGAGUACACAAAGCUGAAGACAUCAGACCACUUCUGGACGGAUCCUUCAGCCAACGAGCUGGUCCAGAGGCACAAGAUCCAUGGAGCACAUCGAGUCCAGGAGGCAUCGCCCAGCCGCAGGCCUGCUCUCGGGAUCCGUAAGAGACAGUCCAGCGGGAGCAUGUCUGAGGAUAAGUUUGCAGCCUCUGCGAGGGAAUAUGUGGAGUCGCUUCAUCAGAACUCGCGUGUACAUCUGCUUUAUGGAAAGAACAACGUGCUCGUUCAGCCGAAGAAGGACAUGGAGGUGUUGAGGGGCUACCUGUCUUUACAUCAGACUGCUGACACGCUCACACUGAAAUGGACACCCAACCAGUUAAUCAACGGCACUCUGGGAAAUUGCGACCUGGAGAAGAGUAUUUAUUGGGACUACGCAUUGACCGUACCCUUAAGACAGAUUGUCUGCAUCCACUGUCACCAACGGCCGGAUUGCGGUGGGACUUUGGUGUUGGUGAGUCAGGAUGGGAUCCAGCGGCCGCCUCUUCACUUUCCCCCUGGAGGUCACCUGCUAGCCUUCUUGUCUUGCCUGGAGACAGGCCUACUACCCCGGGGGCAACUGGAGCCCCCACUCUGGUCUCAGAAAGGCAAGGGUAAAGUCUUCCCCAAGCUGCGUAAAAGAAACAGCACAGCUCGGUUGGUAGAUCAGGACAGUGAUGACGAGCCAGUCGCUGCAGACUACGUGUUCCGCAUCGUUUACCCCGGACACCGUCAAGACUCCAUCACUAUAAACUACCACCACACCACGGGCAGUCGUGCGCCCUCUCUGGACGACGAUGAGGAGGAGGAAGAUAGACUUCACGCAAUGAUCUCAAUGAUCUGCUCGCGGAACCUCACAGACCCUAAUGUCAUGAAAGACCAUGGGGACAUGAUGGAGAUUCAGGGCUUCGGAGGCAGCCCGUUGUCAUGGCAGCAAGCCGAGAAUGCCAGUCAUGCGUCGUCAUGCUUGUCCUGCUCUGUUGGGGGCGGUAGCUUGUCUAUAGAGCUUCCUGGAGAGUGCACCUGCAUGCAUGACCGAAUUCCCCUCAAGAUGCUGUGUCAUAACAUGAAGAGGCAGAUUGUCUCUAGGGCUUUCUAUGGCUGGCUAGCCUACUGUCGGCAUCUGUCCACGGUGAGAACACAUCUGUCAGCACUGGUCAACCACAACAUUGUCCCACCAGACAAACCUUGUGAAGCAUCUGGAGGUCUCAGCAAAGACAUCUGGAGCAAAUACCAAAAAGACUGCAAGAACUACAAGGAGCUGGAGCUGCUGCGGUUGGUUUAUUAUGGUGGUGUGCAGCAUGAGAUCAGGAAAGAGGUGUGGCCAUUUUUGUUGGGCCAUUAUAAGUUCGGCAUGGGGAAAAAAGACAUGACGCAGAUUGAUGAGAAGAUCACAGCACGCUACAGACAGGUGAUGAGAGAGUGGAAGGCCUGUGAGGUGAUCGUGAAGCAGCGGGAGAAGGAGAUGCAGUCGGCCAUUUUUGCCAAACUCUCAUCAGGCAGCAGCAUUGACAGCCACGUCAUGAAACUCAUCCACAGAGACUCGACUCUCAGCAACGAGGUGUUUAUGUCAGUGGACGAACCCGAUGGGGUUGGUCAGGUCACUCCAUGUGAGAGUGAUAACACCCCCACCAUGACCACCGUGAUUAAUCCGGUCGCUCUGGCUCCCGAUGAGAGGUCACUAGUUGAGUUUGACUCCCCAGACUCAGGCCUUCCUUCUUCUAGGAACUACUCAGUAGCAUCAGCACACUCCCAGAUUCUGUCUAGCAUUGAUGAUGGGCCGAGUAUGGAAGAUGAGCCAGGAGAUGAGACCACGCCUAGGGCUGGACUGGGAGAGCCGAGUGGGCGAGACUCACUGGGCGAGGACAGGCUGUGCAGUCAGCUGGAUAAACUGGUCACUGACAGUGAAGAUGUUCCAGCAUCGUUCUCGUCGUAUACGAUUGAGCUGUUGGACACGGUGGCUCUGAACCUGCACAGGAUAGACAAAGAUGUUGCACGCUGCGACCGUAACUACUACUACUUCACCACAAGCAACCUGGAGAAGCUGCGAAACAUUAUGUGCAGUUAUGUGUGGGAGCAUCUAGAGGUGGGUUAUGUGCAGGGCAUGUGUGACCUCCUGGCCCCUCUGAUGGUCAUUUUGGAUGAUGAGUGCCUUGCCUACAGCUGUUUCACACAGUUAAUGAAGAGGAUGAGUCAGAAUUUCCCCAAUGGAGGAGCCAUGGACACUCAUUUUGCCAAUAUGAGGUCCUUGAUACAGAUCCUUGACUCCGAGUUGUUUGAGCUGAUGCACCAGAAUGGAGAUUACACUCACUUCUACUUUUGCUACCGCUGGUUCCUGUUGGACUUCAAGAGAGAGCUACUCUAUGAGGAUGUAUUUGCCGUGUGGGAGGUGAUCUGGGUGGCACCCCGUAUCUCCUCCCAGCAUUUUGUACUGUUCUUUGCGCUGGCUCUGGUGGAGGUGUACCGGGAAAUCAUUCGCGACAACAACAUGGACUUUACAGACAUUAUCAAGUUCUUCAAUGAAAUGGCCGAGCGACAUGAUGUCCAGAACAUCCUGAGGAUAGCCCGCGAGCUGGUACACAAGGUGCAAACACUCAUAGAGAACAAGUGAAGCUCACUUCCAGCUUCCUCACUCUGCUUCUCAUUACUCCUUCCCCCUAUGGUCCAGUCAGCAAUCCCUCUACCGAGCGAUGGAGGGGGAAGGAGAGCACACCAGCUCUCAGUGAUCUCAGUGACUCCCCUGGGGUAAAGCGAUGAGACUGCUUGGGACCUGCAAUUAGACUAAAUGGCCUGAAAUCAUCCUUUUUCUGUAUCCUUUGCCUGUAACGGAACGCCAUUGUGUUGGCUGUUGGAGUUGUCUGCAUGCAUGUGGGAUUUGAGCACACUGUGACAGAUUUUUUCGUUCUUAUUUUUUUUUUUUUUUUUUUUUGCCCGUACACUAUUCCAGUAUACGCUGCAUCCACUGGAUCCUUUCAGCUUCCUUUCAGAAAGCGUCCACUUUGUAAAAAAAAAAUUAAUUAAAAUGACUUCAGCCUCAAGUUGCCACAAUGUAGUUCUGUUUCACAAACGACUGUUUUUCCUCUCUGCCAAAUGUACAGAAAGUAUUCCGCACUUCUCAAUGACUCUCAGGAGGAUCCCUUCUUCUCUUUGUCUGCCUUUAUUAGAUAUGGCACUGAACAGUACAGUUGAGCACAUUUGUUUUUUCUCAAUCCACAGAGCCUAGCAUUACAGUACUGAAGAAAAAGCAGAAGCUGCCUAAUGUCAAGCCCACUAAAGAACUAAGCCACGAAGAAGUCAUUAAAGCAUCGAUUUGUGACCAAAAGGACUGUGCCAAUUAUAUGACCUUGUCAUAGUAUCUGUCUGCCUUGUAUUUGUCUUUGACUUUGCUGGCCUUUCUCUACUAGAUCUUUUGGAACUCUUCUGAAGGUUGAUUUUAAAAAAAUAAAUAAGUCAAAGUGGCUACUUUUGCACUAAUGCACAUCCCUCCCUUCCUCAAUCCAAAAGAGGGAAAGGGCUGGAGGUGUAAUUCCCAGGAUCCUCUCUGCUCUGGUUGAGAGUCUGCUCUGCACAUGAUGGCUGCAAAGCCAUGUAAAAAAAGAAGAAGAAAUGGGCAGUGUGAUGUGUCUCAGAGUGUACCACAUCAAGAAUGGUGCAUGGCUUCUUUACACACUAGCUAGUAUGUAAUUGCUCACUCAUUGCAGCUUUACUGAGUGAUAUCUUAAGUAUGGACUUGGCCUGCUGAUCAGUAUAGACCUGAAGUUCGUACACAAGACCUGCAGAAGACGGUCACUCUUAUGUUUCAGCCAAAGCUCCUUCUCAGUACACACAGCACUCAUGGUGCUCAGAAACUAAACACGUCAAACAUUACCCCUUAAUGUCUUCCCCUAUCUUGAGCUACUGCUACCUAAUUCCUCCAAACACCUUCAAAUCAAAUUUGUACUCCUACAAAGCUUAUGUAUCAGUUAUCAGGUAGCAGUUCCUUAGUGGCCCACUAUAGUUUCUGUGCCUCAGACCCUGCUAAUCAGUUGUCUUCAUUUUGUGAGUGUGUGUGUGUGGGACAUGAUGCAUCCUAUGAAAGAUUACUUCCAAGAGGAGCUUGUGUACCAAAGCCUCCAGAAUAUCGUCCGUAGCGUCCUACAGUUGUGCAACAUCCAUGCAUAACUCAAAGACUUUUGAAUGAAAGUAAAUCAUCUUAAUUUUUACUGUGAAACACUUAAUUUAUUAAUCACCAACCCCCACCCCCCCACCCCCCUUAAGGCAACUGUAUUUUAAACACUAUUUUAUUUUUAUUUUAUUUUUUACUUUUGGUUGUAGAGAUGUGCUUCUUUGAACCCUGUAUAACUGGAGAACUGUACAGUUUGAAUGUGGGAAGCCUUUGUUACAUGUUGACUGUUACAGUCCUUAUUCAUGUUGUGCCCUGAAUUCUAUGGAUUUGAAAAUGAUAUAUUUUGUUUUGGAUGCCAAACUGAAUGCUGAAGUAUGUAUUUUAAUGGAUGUAUAAUUUUACCUUGAAUGUAUUACUAAAAAAAAAAAAAAAAAAAAAAAAAAAAAAAAGUUGUUCCUAAAAUAUUUUGACACAAUCACGUUUCAUUUGUCAAAAUAUAUUUGCUUUUUUUUCCCAAUAGCGAAAAAGAAAAUCUAUAAACAUUGGGUGUGUGUUUGUAUAUUAACAGCAGAAGACAGAACAAACCAAAUGCUGUGUCCUAAAAUCACCACUAGUGGGUGCUCCAGUCAAAUAAAUAGCAUCAUAAUCAGCGACGCAUCAGUGGGUAAUAUGGCGAGUCUGAAAAAUGUAGACGUUUCCUUACAGAGAUUAAAUGAAAUGUAAGUAAAACAUUCAGUUACUUACAACAAAAAUACCCAAAGUAUAUAAUUUUCAAUGGAUCUAAGCCAUGUAUGUACAUGAUCACUUAAGUAAAAAAACACUUUCACCACCAAAAGUGGAAUCUUAGGACCUCAUGGCUGUAAUGGCCUUUCUUGAAUGAUCUUUUUCAGCUCCAUUCCCUUUGGAUGAGAAGGCUGUUCAUACUAACAUCAUUCAUGCUUUCUGGUCAUAUUUCAGAAAGUGGGACGAUGUACAUGAUCCGCUGCAUAGAGCAUUCGCAUAAACUUUUUCAUACAAUAAUUUAGCCACCGAAUUCUCUUUCAUCUUAGUUUGAAAAUGUCUACAGUUGCAAUAAAAUGAUUAAACCCCCA